AUGGCGGCGGGCGGCGGGCUCUGCGGCUCCCGCGCCGGCUCGGCGGGGCUCUGGGACUGGAACCAGACGUGGUACACAGACACCCCCAGAUUUACCUGGUGCUUCGAGAACACAGUCAUUCCUUGGAUCCCUUGUGCCUAUCUUUGGAUCUGUUUUCCAUUCUACUACAUGUAUCUUCGACACAAAAACAAAGGCUAUAUUAGGAUGUCCCACAUCUUCAAAACUAAAAUGGUCUUUGGAUUCAUCCUUGUAAUACAGUGCUUUUCUAAUGUCUUCCUCAUGCUGUGGAAAAUAAGCCAAGGAAUCCCAUGGGCUCCAGCAGUCUACAUUACCCCUGCAGUGCUGGGGGUUACAAUGAUGCUUGCAAUGUUCCUUACCCAGGCGGAAAGAAUGGUGGGCACUCAGUCUUCAGGCAUCUUGCUGAUUUACUGGCUGCUCACGUUCCUGUCUGCAGUCCUGAUGCUUAGUUCCAAAAUCCAACAUGCCCUAGAAAAGGGCUUCCUGGAAGACUAUGCCAACCACAUUAUGACUUACCUUUAUGUUAGCCUGGUGCUAGGAGAACUUGUGUUGUUCUGCUUAGUUGAUCACCCUCCCUUUUUCUCAAAAGCUGUCAACAGCUCUAAUCAGUGUCCAGAAGCCAACAGCUCUUUUCUUUCAAAAAUCACAUACUGGUGGUUCUCUGGGCUUGUCUGGAAAGGCCAUCGGCAGUCCUUGGGGGUGGAUGACUUGUGGUCCGUGAGAGAAGAGAACUCUUCAGAAGAAACUGUUGCCCAGAUUGAAAAAGAAUGGAAAAAUUACCGUAGCAGAACGAAGCAAAAAAUGGAGUCCAUGACAUUUAAAAGGGGUGAGAAGAGCAAAACAGGCUUAGCAGAAGCUGAAGAGACCCAGGUUCUACUGCAAUCAGAGCAGAGUCAGAGUGGGCCCUUACUGAAAGCACUUUGGAGCAUGUUUGGAACCUAUUUCCUUCUUGGCACCCUCAGCUUAGUUAUCUGCGAUGUCUUCUUGUUCUCCAUUCCAAAGUUACUGAGCCUUUUCCUGGAGUUCAUUGAAGACCAAGAAGCCCCUAACUGGCAUGGUUACUUCUAUGCCUUUGCGAUGUUCCUAUUAGCUUGUCUCCAGACUCUGUUUGAACAACGAUAUAUGUACAUGUGUGUUGUUCUGGGACUGAGACUAAAAACUGCAGUAACAGGGCUUGUAUACAGGAAGAUCCUAGUCAUGUCAAAUGCAUCAAGAAAAACAGCAACAGUAGGUGAAAUUGUUAAUCUGGUAUCUGUUGAUGUCCAAAAGAUAAUGGAUCUUAUUAUCUAUUUUAACGGGACCUGGCUUGCUCCUAUUCGGAUUAUCAUCUGUUUUGUCUUCUUGUGGCAGCUUCUUGGGCCAUCUGCCUUGACUUCAGUUGCUGUAUUUCUUUUUCUUUUGCCACUGAAUUUUGUGAUCACGAAAAAAAGGAGUCAAUUUCAGGAGGCCCAGAUGAAAUAUAAAGAUGAGCGGGCCAAACUUACCAAUGCCAUUCUCAGUGACAUUAAAGUAAUCAAAAUCUAUGGCUGGGAAAACAUCUUCAUGGAGAAAGUGCUUAAUAUCCGGAAGCAAGAACUUCAGACUCUGAAAAGAUCUCAGAUUCUCCUCUCAGCAUCUCUAGCUUCCUUCCAUUCAUCAACUUUCCUGAUUGCAUUUGUUAUGUUUGCUGUCUACACCCUGGUGGAUAAUACACACAUCCUGGAUGCUCAGAAAGCUUUUGUAUCUUUAACCCUGAUCAACAUUCUCAACACUGCACACUCGUUCCUGCCAUUCUCCAUAAAUGCUGUGAUCCAGGCUAAAGUUUCUUUAAACCGCUUAGCAGCUUUUCUGAAUCUGGAAGAACUGAAUCCUGAGAGCUCAAGCAGAAACACUUCUGACUGUGUGCAGGCAAGCAUCACUAUAAGGAAUGGGACUUUCAGCUGGAGCAAGGAAACUUCUCCUUGUCUUAGAAGGAUAGAUCUCACUGUGCAUCAAGGCUCCUUGCUUGCUGUAGUUGGCCAGGUGGGUGCUGGGAAGUCCUCCUUGCUGUCAGCAUUACUUGGCGAGAUGGAAAAUACAGAUGGCUGUAUGACCAUGAAGGGCACAGUUGCUUAUGUACCUCAGCAAGCUUGGAUACAAAAUGCUUCAGUAGAAGAUAACAUUCUCUUUGGGAAAGAGAUGGAUGAAACAUGGUUCAAUACAGUGAUUGAUGCUUGUGCACUUCAAGCUGAUUUGGAAAGCUUCCCUGCAGGGCGGAAGAGUGAAAUAGGAGAGAAGGGGAUUAAUAUAUCUGGAGGGCAGAAACAAAGAGUGAAUCUUGCUCGUGCCGUGUACCAGAAGGCUUCCAUUUACCUACUGGAUGACCCUCUCUCAGCUGUUGACGCCCACGUUAGACAGCAUAUUUUUGAACAUGUUCUUGGACCCAAUGGCCUACUGAAAGAUAAGCAAACUCGUGUGCUGGUGACUCACACAAUCAACAUUUUGCCCCAAGUGGACAAUAUUGUUGUGCUGGUGGAUGGAACAAUCUCGGAAGUUGGUUCUUAUCAAGAACUUUUACAGAGAAACGGGGCUUUUGCAGAAUUUCUUCAUUCCCACAUUACUGCAGAAGAUAAACCAUGUUACCAAUCUCAUGGUUAUACAGGACAAAAUGGGAAUGUAAAGCAUUUAGAGAGAAAAAGUGCACUUAUGUCUCCUACAGCUGUAGGAGACACCAAAGGCACUGUCAUUUCUGGAAAUGAUCCAUCGUGGGAGAAGCUCUCUAGUGACAGGUCAGUCAAGUCUUCUGCUAUGGAAAGGGAGAUCAUUGCUGUAAGUCAAGACUGUACCACUGCUGCAGCUGCCAAAGGAAGAUUAACCAAGGAAGAGAAAGCUCAGCGUGGCAGGGUUAAUAUUUCAAUUUAUGUGGCAUACCUGAGGGCAACAGGCUCCUUGCUGUGUUUGUACAUCAUUCUGUUGUUCACAUGUCAGCAAACUGUGUCGUUUUUUCGUGGUUACUGGCUCAGUAUGUGGACAGAUGACCCUGCUUACAACGGAACACAGCAACACACAGAGCUCAGGGUUGGAGUGUUUGGUGCACUGGGAGUCAUUCAAGCCCUCAGCAGAUUCAUCUCCACAGCAGCAGUCCUUCUAGGUGGCGUGUUAGCAUCACACAAGCUGUUUCUUCAGUUGCUGAGGAGCGUCGCUAGAUCCCCAAUGAUCUUCUUUGAGCAGACACCCAUUGGAAACUUGCUGAACCGCUUCUCCAAAGAAAUGGACGCCAUUGAUUCCGUCAUCCCAGACAAGCUGAAGUCCUUGCUUGGGUUCUUGUUCAACUUGCUGGAAAUCUAUCUUGUGAUUAUAGUGGCUACACCAAUGGCAGCAGUGGCCAUAGUCCCCUUGACUGUGCUGUAUGCUGUAUUCCAGCACUUCUACGUCAUCACCUCCUGCCAGCUGAGACGCCUGGAGGCUGCCAGCCGAUCACCCAUCUAUUCCCACAUUUCAGAAACCUUUCAAGGGAGCAGCGUGAUCCGCGCUUACAAGGACCAGGAGAGAUUUAUUUUGAAAAGCAAUUUCCGAGUGGAUGAGAAUCAGAGAAUAUGCUUCCCUGGAGCCGUUGCUGACAGAUGGCUUGCUACAAACCUGGAAUUUCUAGGCAACGGCAUUGUGCUGUUUGCAGCACUAUUUGCAGCAAUUGGCAGAACACAUCUUAGUCCAGGAAUUGCUGGUUUUUCUAUUUCAUAUGCUCUUCAGAUAACUGGCGUUUUGAACUGGAUGGUGCGCUCCUGGACAGAAAUAGAAAACAACAUUGUUUCUGUGGAGAGAGUGAGAGAAUACUUGAGGACUCCUAAAGAGGGACUCUGGACUCUGAAUGGCAAACCUCAAGAUCAGGUUUGGCUCACUGAAGGGAGAAUCGAAUUCAGAAACUAUAGUUUGCGAUACAGGCCAGAUCUGGAGUUAGCACUGAAGCAUGUCAAUCUAACGAUCAAUGGGCAAGAGAAGAUUGGUAUAACUGGGAGAACAGGAGCUGGGAAAUCUACUCUUGCUGUUGGAUUGCUGCGGUUAGUGGAAGCUGCAGAAGGAGAGAUCCUAAUUGAUGGACUAAAUAUUGCUCAAGUAGGUCUCCAUGACCUUAGAACCAAGAUAACUGUGAUUCCCCAGGAUCCAGUUUUGUUUUCUGGCUCUCUAAGAACAAAUCUCGACCCGCUAAACCAAUACACUGAUGCGGACAUCUGGACAGCUUUGGAACUGACUCAGCUCAAGAACUUUAUCGCAGAUUUGCCAGAGCAGUUGGAAUAUAAGUGCACUGAACAAGGGGAAAACCUAAGCACUGGUCAGAAGCAGCUGGUUUGCCUGGCCAGAGCACUUCUCCGAAAAGCCAAAAUCCUGGUUCUAGAUGAGGCUACAUCAGCUGUAGAUCUAGAAACUGAUCUCCAGAUUCAGUCCACCCUGAAGACUCAGUUCAAAGACAGCACAGUGUUAACGAUAGCUCACCGUGUAAACACCAUCAUGGAUUGUGACAGGAUUUUAGUCUUGGAGAACGGCUGGAUAGUUGAAUUCGAUACUCCUGAAAAAUUAAUAGCUCAAAAAGGAGCAUUCUACAGACUGGUGGAAGAAUCAGGCCUUGUCUGACUCACCUGUGGAACAUACUGUAAUACCGCUUUUACUGGGAAUAAUUGAUCUCUUAAUUGAAUUACCUUCAUUUAAUUCUAAAAUGCCCAAUACUCAACCAAAUUGUGUUUGAGCUAUAACUGCACUGGAUAGAUGAGCAGCGAUGACUUGGGAUACACAUACUGCUUCCUUAGGAAACUUAGAGAUUCCAUGCUCAUUAUCUUUCCAGAUACAAAAAUUCACUCUGCUGUUGAAAAUGAGCCGGUCAGAAUCUUGAACUUAAAUGCAUGCAUGCCUUGCUGCUUUUAUGUUAAAAAAAACAAAACCAAAAACCUAUCUGAUUUAUACUAUAAAUGGAACCCAAAUACACUGCCAUACGUAAGGAUUAUAUGGAGUAUUUCUAAGUGCUGAAGAGAUUAUAAUCAGUGAACGAGAAAAUUAAUUGCUAAGAACCAAACCUAAUUACUUACAGCUUGCCCUAAGUUGCAGGGAGAACACAUUUAGUCUUUUGAAAAUGCCUUAGGUGCUCACCUGAACACUGUUUGCAAGCAGGUAAGAUAGUGUCCAAGGCAGCAGCUGUAUCUAAGUCAUCCAAAGUGCAAAAACACUAGGGGAGUAGGGAAAAGCAAGAGCAAUGCAAGUAAGCAUGAAUGCGGAUCGACUCCACUGCCUGUGGCCUGCCCAUCACAGCUGGCAGUGACUCCAUCUCGCUUCUGUGAGCUUUAGAUGAGGCCUGCACAAGCCGUGCGGUUUGGAAGGCCGACAAAUUGUCUGCGAGGACAAGAGGCAGCAUAUACACUGGCUUGUUGGUGCAGAUGAGAACAACUGGGCUGGGACCAGGCAGCAGGAGCCGUUCAUCCUGCCGGAGCACUUGGAGCUGCGCUGCUGAAAGCCAGGCAGUCACCACGGUCACAGCCAAGCUGGUCCGAACUCCAGCACCCAUUUCCAAACUGAUUUUGUCACAAAGAAUUUGCCUGGUAGAAAGCACCUUCCUGUGAUCCAGCGUAUCGCCUGCAGCAUGACAGUCCAGCAGACAUGCUCUAGGAGACCCUGCCAAGCAGGGAGGUUGGACUAGAUGAUCUCCAGAGGUCCCUUCCAACCUUACUGAUUCUAUGAUUCUGUGUGGAGGCAGCAGGCACUUACCUCGUUUGUUCCCAGUUUUCCCCUGGCCUGCUGUGUGCUCUCAGGCAAGGCACUGACCUCAUCGCACUCGCUCCCCCUUCCAGCCUUUCCCUUGUCAGCAGAGAGUGCAAGUGCCCUGGAACAGCAGAGUCUCUGGCUUGGUGCAGGUAACAAACCGAAACAGCCCCCCAAAGCAAAGCCUCUGCACAGUGCGGGGAAUCGGCCGUCAGAGCUGUCCUCGCGACCCGAACGCAACAAGAAAAGGCAACAAAUAAAUCACACCGUGAGAUACUGACGUUCAUCGUGACUUUCCAUCUUCUGGGAGGCUGAAAUUAAAGCAAAACCAAGUACUAAAAUAGCUCUCUCUAGUAAGUUAAACUUAUAAUAUAAAAAUAAAAAAUGGUGAAGGGGAUGUGUCAACCCAGACUAGCCAAACCAGCAGCUGCUUCUCCACUAGCUGUUUAGAAGCUUCUUCACCCAUGUUACGAGCAGUUCACAGUUUCUGCUGAACAGGUGCCUAAGAUCUUAAGCCCAAUGCCUGCUGCCUUACUUGUGCUAAAAUACUAGGGAAAAGGUUUUUUUCUGAUUUUUUUUUCCCCUAAACGUUU